AUGUAUCACUUGGCCAAGUCGCUAUAUCUCUACGCGACUAGCAAAGAAGAGUACUCCGUCCUGCUACUUGGGUUAGAUAAUGCCGGAAAAACUACCCUCUUGACUCAGAUCAAAGCCCUAUACCAGCCUCGAGCAGAUGGCGCGCCCGCCCCCAACCCCGGUAAGACCGUCCCGACGGUCGGGCAGAAUGUCUCGACAAUCUCAUUAUCGGAUAUGAACCUGAAGAUUUGGGAUGUGGGAGGUCAGAUCUCCAUGCGUGGUCUAUGGCAAAGCUACUACACCAGCUGCCACGCGAUUAUCUUUGUUGUUGAUAGCGCCGACGUUGGCCAAGACCCCGAUAUCACACGUCUCCGAUCCGCAUCAGGACGACACUCCAGCUCCGCAUCAGGACCGACGCGCAACAGUCCCAAUGCGGCAGAGCUCUUCUCGGAACAAAGUGUUGGCACCAAUGCGGGAGGAAGUGAGUUUGGUCGUUUAGACGAGUGUCGACAAGUCCUUGAAUCUGUGCUCCAGAGUGCCGACGUGGCUGGGGUCCCCAUUUUGGUCCUGGCGAACAAGCAAGAUCGGGAGGAUUGUGUUGAAGUUAUUCGCAUCAAGGAAGGAUUCGUGCGAAAAAUCUUCGAAGGUGAAACAGGGACUGGGGUUCGAGACAGUCGCGUGCUGCCGGUCAGCGCGUUACUUGGAUCUGGAGUACAGGCGGCUGUGGAAUGGGUACAGAGCCGCGUUAGGUGGAAUAAAGAGGGUCGUCCACCAGUGAUGCGAUAA